CUAUGGGGCCGACAUGGGGGCCCAGAAUGCCUCUGGGAACACCGCCCUGCACAUCUGUGCCCUGUACAAUCAGGACAGCUGCGCUCGGGUUCUGCUCUUCCGGGGUGGGAACAAGGAAUUAAAGAAUUACAACAGCCAGACGCCAUUCCAGGUGGCCAUCAUUGCGGGAAACUUUGAGCUGGCUGAAUACAUUAAGAACCACAAGGAGACGGAUAUUGUGCCAUUCCGAGAGGCCCCGACAUACUCGAACCGGCGGCGGAGACCCCCGAGCACGCUGGCGGCCCCCCGAGUCCUGCUCCGCUCCAACAGUGAUAACAACCUCAACGUGAACAACCUCCCCGACUGGUCCGUCUGCUCCUCGGCCUCUUCCCACCGCAGCCUUUCCCCGCAGCUCCUGCAGCAGAUGCAGGGCAACCCGAAUGGCACAGUGAAAACCAUCGGGAGUUACACGCCGGGGCCUCGGAGCCGCUCUCCGUCACUGAACCGCCUGGGGGAGGAUGCCAGGAGGCAGCAGCAGCCGCCGCCACCCCACUGGGAAGUCUCCGGCGGCUUCAUUCCUGGGGCCAGCAAGGAUGCCGUCUCGGCCUUUGACUAUCCGGGUCCCAAGCGCAAGCUGUACAGCGCGGUGCCCGGGAGACUGUUUGUCGUCGUGAAGCCAUACCAGCCUCAAGUGGACGGAGAGAUCCACCUUCACCGGGGCGACAGGGUCAAAGUGUUGAGCAUUGGCGAAGGCGGCUUCUGGGAAGGCAGCACUCGGGGGCACAUCGGGUGGUUUCCUGCCGAGUGUGUGGAAGAAGUUCAGUGCAAGCCAAAUGAAAGCAAGCCAGAAACUCGCACCGACCGAACCAAGAAGCUCUUUCGACACUACACGGUGGGCUCCUACGACAGCUUCGAUGCCUCGAGUGACUGCAUUAUCGAGGAGAAGACGGUGGUCCUGCAGAAGAAAGACAAUGAGGGCUUCGGCUUCGUGCUCCGAGGGGCCAAAGCUGAUACUCCCAUCGAAGAGUUCACCCCGACGCCCGCCUUCCCGGCCCUGCAGUAUCUCGAGUCCGUGGAUGAAGGAGGAGUGGCGUGGCAGGCCGGCCUGAGGACUGGAGACUUCCUCAUCGAGCCGCUUUGGCCCCUGUUCUUUGGGAUCCCCAAGCGCUUUGGCGGCUCCAGAACGGCGCUGAUGUGGCCCAAACUCGAGAGGCGCCGCGGCUGCAGGGACCCCCUCCCCUUCCCCCGGGCCUCUGAAGCCCAAACCCGAGUAGAGGCAGCCGCCUCGGCCUCUGAGGAGGGCAAGUGCCCCGUUCAGCCUAGAGGCGCCCCGAUGGCCCUCAUGGGCAGCCCCCCAACAUUCCUCAGGUCCCCUGUGGGGUCCCACGUUCUCCAUUUGGGGUCUUGCUGGUCAGCUUCUGAGCCCAGCAUGGCCCCGGCCCGGCUAGACCGGGAGGCCGAGGUCGUGGCUAUGGUUCGCUUCUUUGCGGGAAAGCAGACGCUGGUGUUCAUGGGUGGCCGGAGGCCUUGCCUGGACGCGAGAGCUGGGGGGACUCUCGGCCGGCCGUUGGGGCUGGAGGUUCCCCCCGAAUGUGAGCCGGACCUCCAGGCUGCCGGCCCGCAGGGGCCUGUAGCUCACCGCAGUGACCGGGGAGCUUCUCGGGCCGCCUGGGAGGAUCGAUUGGAAGCCCGUAGACACGUUCCCCAAAGGGUCAGCGCGGGGUUCCCAAAUACGUCGCUCCUUAGUAACGUCUCCGAAAAUACGGCGGAAAAAAGGGUUUCCCUUUGCCUGGAAAAUGUAGGAACCUUUGACAAUGCCCGUGAGGGAAAUCAGGCACUGGACAAGGAAAACUGUGGCCUCUCCAGCCUGCAUGCCAUGCUCGGGCUGCUGUUUUACUUUGCCCGGGGGGCGGGGGGUGCCGAGAGCAAAUCUGCUGCCGAAUCCCUCGUGGAGGUUGGGGGCGAAGCCCCUCGUGUCCAGGGAACAGCCCAGAGACUGCCCACGUUCUCCGCGUGGGCUGCUGAGCGCUCUGGGGUCGUUGGCUCGGCUAUCUUUAGGUCUGAGCUUGGGGCCCCAGUUCAGUCGGAAGAUCUUAGCUGUGCCCACCCAGCAGCAGCCCCCUCUGGUCGCUCUUUGGAGCUCGAGGAGGCAGAAGCAGCAGGCUUCCUGAGAAAAGUCUACCUUGGCAGAGCCCACUCCAUUCUGGCACGCAGGAGGCAGCCGCAGCAGCUACCAGGGUCAGGGCUGGGCCGCUCGGUGUGUGCCUACGUACGUCAGCCAGCUCAGCCGUCCACAGAGGGCUUCGGCUCGGCCUCUCGUCGCUCAGUGGAUGUUAAACACAUUAAGAAAAAAACCAUGGAUACCUUCUUUUAUCACCUCAUCAUCAUCCGGAAAGGCAGAGCGAGACAUUAUUCUGACUCUGAUGUAUUUUUAAAUCAGUCAGUCGCUUCCCUCCAAAGUGAAGCAUUGACUUCAGAGGUAGAGGAGAGCGGCUUCCCUUUGGGCUCAGAAUCUUCAGUUCGGAAGAAGAAGGAUAAAGUCGAUGAAGUCGUCCCGGCUACCAAGCCCUCGAGGACGGCGGAAAGUGUGGCCGUCGAGUCCAGAGUGGCCACCAUCAAGCAGCGGCCAACCAGCAGGUGCUUCCCAUCGGUGGCGGACAUGAAUUCCAUUUACGAGCGGCAGGGAAUCGCCGUGAUGACCCCCACGGUCCCAGGGAGUCCGAAGGCCCCGUUCCUGGGCAUCCCUCGAGGUACGAUGAGAAGGCAGAAAUCAAUAGACAGCAGAAUCUUUCUCUCAGGAAUCACCGAGGAAGAGCGCCAGUUCCUGGCCCCGCCGAUGCUCAAGUUCACGAGAAGCCUGUCCAUGCCCGACACCUCGGAAGACAUCCCGCCUCCCCCCCAGUCCCUGCCGCCCUCCCCGCCGCCGCCCUCCCCGACCGCCUACAAUCCGCCCAAGUCGCCCACGGCCAGAGCCUAUGGGACCAUCAAGCCCGCCUUCGCCCAGAACUCAGUCCCCAAGGUGUGUCCAUCGCCCCGGCCGGAGAACCUGGGCGCGGCGAUGAGGGAGAAGGGCGUGUACUACCGCCGAGAGCUGGACCGCUACUCCCUGGACUCGGAGGACCUGUACAGCCGCAGCGCCGCAGCGCAGGCCAACUUCCGGAACAAGCGGGGCCAGAUGCCCGAGAACCCCUACUCGGAAGUGGGCAAGAUCGCGAGCAAGGCCGUGUACGUGCCAGCGAAGCCUGCGCGCAGGAAGGGGAUGCUGGUGAAGCAGUCCAACGUGGAGGACAGCCCCGAGAAGACGUGCUCCAUCCCCAUCCCGACCAUCAUCGUGAAAGAGCCGUCCACCAGCAGCAGCGGCAAGAGCAGCCAGGGCAGCAGCAUGGAGAUCGACGCUCAGGCCUGCGAGCCUCCCGGGCAGCUGCGGCCGGACGACAGCCUGGGCGUCAGCAGCCCCUUUGCCGCGGCCAUCGCCGGAGCCGUCCGGGACCGGGAGAAGAGGCUGGAGGCGAGGCGGAACUCUCCGGCCUUCCUCUCCACGGACUUGGGAGACGAGGACGUGGGCCUGGGGCCGGGGCCGCCCGCUCCCAGGACGAGGCCCUCCAAAUUCCCAGAGGAAGAGAUGUUCGGCACCGAGGAGAGCCUGGGCCAGCCGCCGUCUCCCACUCCGGCGGCAACACCGAGGGAGCCCGAGAACCACUUCAGCAGCGGCGAGGCUGGCAGCCAGAGCGAGCCCGGGAGCCUGCGGACCCUGAACUCCGUCCCCAAAGCCAAGGGCCCCGAAAACAACGCCGCAGCGGCGCCCAAGAGCGGGAGCGCGGUCGGCCCCGAAAACUAUGUGCACCCCCUCACCGGAAGGCUGUUGGACCCCAACUCACCGUUAGCUCUGGCCCUGUCGGCCAGGGACAGAGCCCUGAAGGAAUCUCAGCAGGGUCCCAGCAAAGGGGAAGCGACCAAGGCAGACCUGAACAAGCCUCUGUACAUCGAUACCAAAAUGCGGCCCACCAUGGAGCCCGCCUUCCCCUCCGUGAGCAGGCAGGGCACCCGCGGCCCCCUGAGGAGGCAGGAGACGGAGAACAAGUACGAGACGGACCUGAGCAAGGACAAGAAGGGAGACGAGAAGAAGAACAUGCUUAUCAGCAUCGUGGACACCUCCCAACAGAAAACGGCUGGCCUGCUGAUGGUUCACACCGUGGAUGCCGCCAAGUCGGAUGACUCCCCUGAAGAGGAAGAGGAGAAGGCGGACCUGAACCCAGAGCCAGAACGCUUUCCAUCCGAGGUGCCCGAAAGCAUUCCAGAAACCGAAGGUGCUUUACAGGUCUCGGCCGCCGGCCCGGGCAAGGUGAUGGCGGCGGCGGGCUCCGUGGACGAGCCGGUGGUCUUGCCAUUCCGUAUCCCACCCCCUCCUCUGGCAUCCGUGGAUCUAGACGAAGAUUUUAUUUUUACAGAACCAUUGCCUCCACCCCUAGAGUUUGCAAACAGUUUUGAUAUCCCUGACGAUCGCACGGCACCAACUCCCCCUCUCCCAGACCUGGGGAAGCCGAGGAAAGAUCCCCCCCAGUCCCCUUCGUUCCUCCCCAGCCAGCCAACCAACUCCGUGGACAGUAAGAAACCGGCAGGUCUUUCAAACUGUUUGCCAGCCUCGUUCCUGCCACCCCCAGAAAGUUUUGAUAAUGUCACUGACUCUGGGAUCGAGGAGGUGGACAGUCGGAGUAGCAGUGACCAUCAUCUUGAGACAACCAGCACUAUCUCCACCGUGUCCAGCAUCUCCACCUUGUCCUCGGAAGGGGGCGAGACCCUGGACACAUGCACGGUCUAUGCAGAUGGGCAGGCAUUUAUGGUCGACAAGCCCCCUGUACCUCCGAAGCCAAAAAUGAAGCCCAUAAUCACCAAAAGCAAUGCCCUUCACAGAGACGCCCUGGUAGAAGAGAACGCAGAUGGCUUUGCGAUCCCCCCGCCGGCGCCGGCACCGCCCCUGCCAGCCGGUGGCGCCCAGCCAGGUGGGACAGCCAAGGCUCUCCAGCAAAGGACCUCCAAGCUGUGGGGAGACGUCCCCGAGGUCAAAAGCCCGAUUCUCUCAGGCCCCAAGGCAAACGUCAUUAGCGAAUUGAAUUCGAUCCUGCAGCAGAUGAACCGAGAGAAAUCUACGAAACCAGGGGAAGUGUUGGAGUCACCGACUGGAACCAAAACCGCAAGCCUCAGUACGAGGAGCACGGAUGUCAUGAGCACCGUCUCAGGGACGCGGAGCACGACGGUCACCUUCACCGUCCGCCCUGGCACCACCCAGCCGAUCACCCUGCAGAGCAGGCCGCCGCCGGACUAUGACGGGAGGACCGCUGUCACGAGACGUGCCCCAAGCCCCGUGGUCUCCCCCACAGAGAUCACCAAGGAGGCCCUGAGCGCCCCUGUGGCCUCCGUCUCAGCCGCGUCCCCUUCACCUACUCUGUCUGAGGUUUUUAGCCUUCCGAGCCAGCCACCUGCCGGGGACCUGUUUGGCUUGAGCGCGGCAGCGCGCAGCAGGUCCCCGUCUCCCUCGAUACUGCAACAGCCAAUCUCCAAUAAGCCUUUUACAACUAAACCUGUCCACCUGUGGACCAAGCCCGAUGUGGCUGAUUGGCUGGAAAGCUUAAACUUGGGCGAGCAUAAAGAGACCUUCAUGGACAAUGAGAUCGACGGCAGUCACUUACCAAACCUUCAGAAGGAAGACCUCAUCGACCUCGGCGUGACGCGAGUGGGUCACAGAAUGAACAUCGAGAGAGCGUUGAAGCAGCUGCUGGACAGAUAAGGGCGCCGCUCCUCCUCCCUAGGCCUUCGUGGACUUCUGCUUAUAAGUAGAGAUGGGCUUGUGCUGCACCCGCUUGAGGCCCCCGGCCCGGCCGUGAGCCCCGACACCACCCCUGGCUCCGUCCACCUCCUGUCACCCAAAGAAAGGCCGAGGGCAUCUUGGCGCCCCAGGCCAGG